GUCCGCAGUUGGUACGCUGGCGAUGGAGCUGCGGGCGAAUGCUCUGCUUGGGCUCUGGCUGCUGUUGCUGCUCCUGCCCCCGAUGCAGGGCCGCCAGAAGGAGUCAGGUGGGCGCGGGGGCCCACGUUCUGGCCGGGGUCCCGAGGCGCCCCUCGCCCCUGCGCAGCCGCGCCGCGGGGGAUGCUGGGGCCGCCGUGGUGCAGAGCCCGGCCGAGGGCCUCGGGCUCCUCCAGGCGCCCAGCGAGGUUGUCGGUGUCUUGUCUGCCCAGGACCCUGGAGAGAGACCGGCCUCCGCAGUUCCGAGCCCAGGACUCUGGGGGAGAGGGAAGCCCCUGUCCUACCCCAGGGGGGCCGCGUGCGCUUUGCCAGAAGAGAUGAGGGGCUUGUAAUGAUCGUGGCUCCAAACUGAUUCUCUUUAUAGUUUGGCUCAAAGUGGAAGGUAUUUAUUGACCAAAUUAACAGGUCUUUGGAGACUUAUGAACCAUGUUUAAGUCAAAACUGCAGCUGCUAUCAUGGUGUCAUUGAAGAGGAUCUGGUUCCUUUCCGAGGAGGUAUCUCCAGGAAGAUGAUGGCGGAGGUAGUCAGACGGAAGCUAGGGACCCACUACCAGAUUAUUAAGAACAGAUUAUACAGAGAAAAUGACUGCAUGUUCCCUUCAAGGUGUAGUGGUGUUGAGCACUUUAUUUUAGAAGUUAUUGGGCGCCUCCCUGACAUGGAGAUGGUGAUCAAUGUACGAGAUUAUCCUCAGGUUCCUAAGUGGAUGGAGCCUGCCAUCCCAGUCUUCUCUUUUAGUAAGACGUCGGAGUACCAUGAUAUCAUGUAUCCUGCUUGGACCUUUUGGGAAGGGGGACCUGCUGUUUGGCCAAUUUAUCCUACAGGUCUUGGACGGUGGGACCUCUUCAGAGAAGAUCUGGUAAGGUCAGCAGCACAGUGGCCAUGGAGAAAGAAAAAUUCUACAGCAUAUUUCCGAGGAUCAAGGACAAGUCCAGAACGAGAUCCUCUCAUUCUUCUAUCUCGGAAAAACCCAAAACUUGUUGAUGCAGAAUACACCAAAAACCAGGCCUGGAAAUCUAUGAAAGAUACUUUGGGAAAGCCAGCUGCCAAGGAUGUCCAUCUUGUGGAUCACUGCAAAUACAAGUACCUGUUUAAUUUUCGGGGUGUAGCUGCAAGUUUCCGGUUCAAACACCUCUUCCUGUGUGGUUCACUUGUGUUCCAUGUUGGUGAUGAGUGGCUAGAAUUCUUCUAUCCACAGUUGAAGCCAUGGGUUCACUAUAUCCCAGUCAAGACAGAUCUCUCCAAUGUCCAGGAACUGCUGCAAUUUGUAAAAGCAAAUGACGAUGUUGCUCAGGAAAUUGCUGAAAGGGGAAGCCAGUUUAUUAUGAACCACUUGCAAAUGGAUGACAUCACCUGUUACUGGGAAAACCUCUUGACUGACUACUCCAAAUUCUUGUCAUAUAAUGUAACAAGAAGGAAAGGCUAUGAUCAGAUUAUUCCCAAAAUUUUGAAAACUGAAUUGUAGUAGUCAUCAUAGGACCUAUGGUAGCAAUCUCAGAUAUCCUGUGGUGAGCAGCUUACUGUGAAUGUGGCACCUAUACUUUGAACACCUUUUAUCAAGCCAAACAUCUGGUUUUCCUUAUCAUGCUGCCCCCAGAACAACUCUUGAAAAAGACCUAAAGUGUUUGUAACACACAGAUAUGAAGCAGCUCAACUCUCUGAAAAGGACCAGAAAUUAUGAGAUGUGGAUUUUGAACCUGUUCUGCCUUUCAUUUUUUCUGACCAAUCACAGCUAGUGCCUCAGAUCAUCAGACCAUCUGCAUGGUAUAUUCCUCAUUGUGAAAUUGGCUGUGUCUACGUGAUGAUGCCCUUUGUUCCAUUGUUUGGAGCAGAAAAUCCAUCAUUUGGAACUAGUACAACUCAUUGCUGCCAUUUCUAAGUUAUUCUAGGCUUGACUGCUGUUUUAUUUUAAUGUAGAAACCCUAUGGGAUUUAUGAAAAAUAGCUGGGGAUCAUUUCCUAAAAGGUCUAAGGAAGCAGGGGCUGUGCCAUGCAAUGAUGUAGGAGUUCUCUUUUGUAAAAGUAUAAACUUUGGUACUCAGGAGGUUUCUAUGACGCCACAUAGAAAGUAGCCAAUUGCAUGAGCAAUUAUUGAAGCUGGAUUUCAAGUUCUUAUUUUGUGCCUUCAUGCCCUUUUCAUUUUCUCUCUAAAGGAUAAGAGAAAAUAAAGACAACAACUUCCUAGUAAAUUUAGGAAUCAGUCCUCACUCUUUAAAGAAACUACUUAGAACAACUCUUCCUCACCCUUUGCAUACUUUAUUUUUCCUUAACUUUGCAGCGGACUGUCUCCAUGUUGUGCGGUGAUCACAAGGAGUCUCUGAUUCGAACACAUUAUUAAGUUGGUAACUCAGAGUAUUCAGCUUUUACAGUUACUUAUAUAUGAGAUACUUGUUGUAGUGCAAAUUAUUGUUGGAAUUCUUUUUUCCCUUUUUGAAAAAGACAUUUGGAUAGUAGUUUAAUCUCUCAGGUGAUCUCCCUAACAUAGUCAAAAAUGAAGAAAAAUGUUUGGAUUAAAACCAUGCAGUUUGAUGAUUUAGAUCCAUGUCCCUUAGGUUCAACAUUCUUAUAGGAAAAUAACUCGUCUUUGCCUCUUCAGAACUGUUUGGUGUUAACUGGUUUCAAAAUUAGUCAAAGUGAUAUUCUGUCACAUAAAAUCAGAGAUUUUAUUCCAUUUGUCAGAAAUGUAUUUGGCCUUUUUAAGUCCUUUUCACAAAACUUUUAGUCCUAGGACCUUCUUAUAGGAAUUACACAUCCAGGCAUGGUGGUGCAUGCUUGUAAUCACAGAUACUAGGGAGGCAAAGGCAGAAGGAUCUUAAGUUGGAUGGCAGCCCAGGCAGAUAGU